AUGUAUGACCCAAACGGAUGUCCAAUCAUGCCUACCGAUCCAUCCACAUCACCUCAUGGGAGUGCUCUUCCUCCCAGUGCAAUGAUGUCUAAUCAGAUGAUGAUGGAUCAUCCGGGUUGUGGACCGAACGCGCGUCACUUCGGCCCUCCUAUAGACAGUCCUGGUAUUGGGCCUCCAGUGGUUAUGGUUCCACCGAACAACACCAAUCUCACUUCCGCGAAUUCUGCGUAUCCUCCUCCACCGUCUGCUUCUGGUCCUAUGACAGCAGCUCCGCAGCAUUUCCGACCGAUGCCUUCGACUAUGAGUGGUUACCCGGGUCCAGACCAGCAACUUCCGAUAGGUAUGGUUCCAUCUGGACAUAAGCGCCCUUAUCAUGGUCCUGUUGCUGCGAAUGAUCCUUGGGCUGCAUCCAAUGCGCCUCAUCCGAUGAUGUCUCAAGUCCCGAUGAACGAACCAGGCAUGUUCUCCGGCCCAAUGCAACCCACAGGACCUGUACCUGGGACGCGUAUGGGUUCAAUUCCGAGUGGUGCUGCUAUCGGAUCACCUCCCAUUGGUUCUGGGAUUCCUGUAUCCUUGUCUGUGCCGACGGCAUCUACCACCACAAGUGGCGCUGCGACUAAUGCGAGUGCUCCCAUUACAACUGGGCGUUCCAAUUCUGGUGUGGGUAAAGCAGGGGGGAAGAAACGAAAAACGGCUGCUGCAAAUCGAGCAGCUGCAUCCACACUGACAGCUAGCAAUGCGCCACCCACCAACACUAUGACCUCACAGUCUCCAGUAGGCUAUGGAAAGCCACCUCCAGGUUCUGCCACUGGAAUUCCUGGCUCGAUCACUCCGACAAAACCGACCUAUCCAAUGACGUCCGCGUCAUACAUGUCCGACAACCCAGGGAUGUCUGGAUUGACACAUCCGCACCGGCCAGUAUACAUGUCUCAGUCGAGCAUGGGGGGCCCAACUGCUCAUCCACAGCAGCAAAGUCCCGGGCCGAUGUCACAUUAUCCGGGGACCAAUGCGGAUCCCUACUUCACGCAUUACCUAGAAAUGACAGGUGCUCCUGCUGUCGUUGGUCGUCCAAUGGGCACUGUUCCCACCGGUGGUCCUGAAGGUCGACGUGCACUCACUCCCAAGGGCACCGAUGUUUUCACCAUGGGGCCUGGUAAUGGUGGUGCACCUCCGGGUUCCAUUUCUUCCGGACGAAUGCCUCCUUCCAGUUGUCCGACGGGAUUUCCACCCGGUAGUAAUGGUGGUGGCAGUAGUGCUUGUUCAAACUCCUCGGUGAUGCACUCAUACCUACAAUCUCCUGAUGGUUCUGUUCCUAAUUCCGUUGACGCUUCCAUGGGAAUGCGUUCCACGCAAGCCGGUUCAUAUACCCAACAUCUGACUUCUGCUAGUCUCGCCAGUCUGGCACGGUUGUCUCAGAUGUCUGGUCCCGAAGGUCCACCGUAUGCCCCUGGAUCAUCUUCGAACGCUUCACUUACCACCGGUCCUGGGGCUGGGAGUGGACCAUUGUCUGCUCCGCCCACUGGUUCUGGUACAACAUAUCCCAACAGAGGAAAUCCCAUGAUGGCCUAUUCACAUCAUCCAUCUCAUCAUCAUCAUCAACAGCCGGAAGGUCCGAAUGCUGGCCCCGUGCAAAAUCCGCACCAGAUGCCUCCCCAACUGUUACGUAGUCAUUCCGUUUCAGGCAAUCUGAAAUCUCAUGUGAACAAUACCUUCUUCAAUGCCCAGUUGAAUGUUCAACAAAUGAAUUAUCAACACGUAAGCGCCCCCGGGUCGACUGGUCAAAUGCAAAUACAUUUUGUCCAACAACAACAGCAGCAGCAGCAACAACAACAACAGCAACCUAUGCCCCAGUCACAUGAUCCACCAACCAGUCAUAGAUCGUCUCGCCCUGCAGACCCAACGUCUCGUAUGUCCUCCAGUUGUACAACAGUGUCCAAUAGUACAACAGGUAAUAACGUCACCACUACCACCGCCUCUAUAAAUAGCAAUGCCGGACCGGACUACUAUCAUCCUGCCUCAGAAACUGGCUUGAUGCACCGACUAGGACCGAGUUAUCCCAACGAGAUCUCAAUGAAACCGGAUCCACUUACCGGGGGAAUGACACAAUGUACGACUCUUUCAACCAAUAACAAUGCUUCUGGUGGCGGUGGUCCUCCUGUUUCUGGCUACGGUAACACUAGCAUUCAAAUAACCCCGAAGACACCGCAUACUAUCCAGUAUUUACCCACGGUGGCCCCGAAUGCCCCAUCAGAUGCACAACAACAGCAGCAACAACAACAACACAAUGUUCAGUAUGCAACUUCAACACGACCUGGUCCAGGCAGAAUGAAUUCCACCGGCACUAGCAGUGGUGUGACCAAUACAAGUACCACUAGUAGUAACAAUAACAAUAUAAAUGCAGGUGUCACUGGAAACACAAAUGGCCCACCAUAUGGUCCCACGGAUUCCGAGUUCGAUUCUACCGUCCGACAACAGCCGUCCAUGGGUCCCAACGCUCCUGUCCAAUUUCAUCCAGGGCAAAUGUACCCGGGUUCCCAUCAUCCGUCCGGCGCCCCGCCAUUGUCUCAGCCUUCAAAUAAUUUGCCUCCUUCAAGCUACCAUCAAACAAUGCCCGGGAAUUCGAUGAAAUUAAUCUCAUCACAAUCGCAUCCGUCCUGUCGAACGCCUCUCGUCAAUGGCCCGUGGACGAGCGGCUCGGAUUCCCAGUUCGAUCCACACAAUCCCAUUGGGUCAAUAUCUGGUCCAUUCAUGGAUUCUACUCAUACGCUUACAGGUGGUAUGGCUGGGCGUCCUGGUGUUGGUAACGGACCUGGUCAUCCAACUAUGAAGGGUUUGGGUCCUUCUUCUGUUGGCUAUCCACCAAACAGUUUGGGAUUCCCACCCGAUUCAAUAGAUCCUUCUAGUGAUCAUAUGCCCACCCAAUUCAUGUCCGAUCCUAUGGGUAUGAAUCAUCGUGGUCCUGGUUCCGGUGGCUCAUCUCAGUACGCUCGACCCCAGCCCAGUGGCCGCCAUGUCCCGUAUGAACAGACCUCGUCACAAGCACCACCAUCACAACAGCAACAGCAGCAUGUUUAUCGCCAACAACAACAGCAACAAUACAGUCACACACAAGCCACCACACAGCAGCAGCAUCAAAUGUUCAUGUCGUCGUCCAACUACAUGACUGAUGGAUCGGGUGGCUCCGGUGGUGGUCAGAUGCAGUUUGUUAUGUCUGCAUCCAGUUCGGCCAUGAAUACCUCAUCCAGUUCUUCGAUGCAAAAUUGUUCCAGCAGCAUGAUGACCAGUGAAACGGUCGGGAUGAAUCAGUCGGCUGGGCCCGGUAAUUCAGAUGCGAAACCACCUUCUUACGAUCACUCAAAACGAGCUCUUAUGAUGUCUUCUGGUAUGGAUGAAUUGAAACCGAAUCAGAUCGCGAUGUAUGGUGGGCCAUCAGCAUCACAACCUCAACAACAACCGCACAUGCUUCAGUCUCAAUUGAGCUCUGGGCGAACUACCGGUCGUCCACUGUCUAACACAGGAAUGACGUCUAGUUCCUCCGGUGGAAUGGAUCCUCAUUUUGGUGGCCCCUAUCAUCAAUCGGGUCCUUUCCCAGGCCCAAAUUUUCCUCCGGUUCCGUCUAUGGGGCCAAUGUAUGGAGAGAAAAGUGGUCGAGAAUUAAUGGGCGGAUCUCAGUCGUCCUCUCUGUGUGAUGUCUCUUCGGCUACUGCAACCGGCAUGUCACAGGUAACCUACCAAUCACCUGUGAUGCAGUAG